AUGUGUCUUUGUACACUUGUCCGAAGUGUGGGAUUAUCUGAUUCCAAAUAUGUCCUCUUAGAGGAGAAAGUUGCAAAGUUCUUAAAUGUGAUUGCACACGAUUAUAAGAAUCAUAACAUCAAGUUCAAUUUCAAGCAGUCUGGGCAAAGAGUUAGUCAGUACUUUAACAAUGUCCUUAAAGCUAUUUUACGCCUACAGGGUGUCUUACUUAAGACACUAGAGCCAAUAACUAUAAAUUGCACAGAUGAUAGAUGGAGGUGUUUUCAGAAUUGUCUUGGAGCUCUAUAUGGAACUUAUGUUAGGGUUUGUGUUCCUGCAAUAGAUAAGCCAAGAUAUAGAACACGGAAGGGUGAAAUUGUUACUAAUGUCUUGGGUGUUUGCUCCCAAGACAUGCAAUUCAUUUAUGUGUUGCUUGGAUGGGAAGGUUCAGCUUCAAAUUCUAGGGUACUUAGAGAUGCUGUGAAUAGACCAAAUGGUUUCUACUAUCUUGUAGAUGCGGGUUACAUUAAUGGUGAGGGUUUCUUAGCGUUGUAUAGAGGGCAAUGCUAUCACCUCUCUACACGGAGAGAGAGGGGUUUCAACAUGAAGCACUCUGCUGCUCGUAAUGUUAUUGAGAAGUGUUUUGGGUUACUCAAGAUUAGGUGGGCAAUACUGAGAACUGCUUCGUACUACCCAAUCAAAACCUACAUGUUGCCUUCUCCACAACCUCAUCAGACGUGA